AUGCCGCGCAGACAAGACGAAAAUCAAGUUGUCCAUUACCAUUAUCAAGUUAAGACUGGUGCGGAUAACAAAACACCGAUUUCACAUACUGAGAUCAGUCAGAAGACACGAACUACAAAAAAAUAUAAAUUAACACCUCCAGUUACUGAAGAUGAUGAAAAAAAAAUCUAUCCAGCUCGAUACAAUCUUGCUGUAUGGAAUUAUAAUCAUGUGACAUCUGAUAAGCAUAAGAAACGUAUGUUAAGUCUAUUUUUUUUAAUGCGUCGUAUACCAUUUAUAGUCGUUUUUUGUAUUGUAUGGAUAGCUAUUCUUUUUUCUCUUUGGUUCCAAUAUCUUAUGAUUUUAUCGAUUCUUGUUAGUGCUAUCUAUUUUAUUUUUUCUUUGUAUAAUGUCAUCAUUUUUCUGCGUAAUGGAUCAAUUGUUGAUGAUCCUCAUUUAAUAUAUGAUAGUUAUUUUCGUCAUUUUGGUGAACAUGAUAGUCUUGAUCAAAUCGACCUCAGAGGUGAAUGGGUGCCUAUAGACGGUGAUCAAACUAUUUUUCACGAUGAUCUUAUUCCACAUAUGGAAGAGAUCAAUGACUUACAACAACAGCAUAAUAACAAAGAUAGAUUUGAAAUACUUUUCUAUUCGUUACAUUACCUGGAAAAUUUUGUACAUUUUCCAAAACAAAUUCUAAUACAUGGAAUUAUCGCUUUGAUUACACUUCUUGUAGCAAUUGUAAUACCUGUGGUUUUUCAUUGUUCAUGGUCUAAAAAUCCUGACAAAAACAAUCAAAUCUGUUAUAUGGCUUAA